UGAAGCUCGAUUAAACCUGAUACACCUCAAAAGGUGCAAGGUUGACGUCGAGUUGUUCGGGCUCUUAACUUUCCUUCAUCCUCCAAGUUUUCACCUUUGACAUGUGCUCCCGCCAUGCACAUCCCGCUUCGCCGAAAUUGUUCUUCUCAGAGCAGAUCCCACAUGACAAGUACUACACACAACUCUCCCAACAUGUCUCAAGUCUACAAUCUAGACAUCGUCGGCGCAUUCUACGGCAACAUGGACGUCACCUCCAAGGUGCGCCAGCUUUACAUCGACGCCGCCACCAGCAAUCCCAACAAUAACUCGUUCUCGAUCACCCCGAGCAACACACUCUUCGGCAAGGACCCCCUCCCAGACUCCUACAAGACCUGCAUCGUCGUCUGGCGCGCCAUGCUCCCGCUCUCCACCAGCGUCACCCCCCUCCGCCGACCCGCUCUACAGUACCUUCCAAGCCUCGGCCGCCGGAGAGAAUAUCGCUCUCACAAUCAACUACGACGGAUCCGCUCUCAACCCGUUUACGCCCACCUACACCUUUGACCGCGUGGCUCAACCGGAACGCAACCUCCACCUUUGUCGCGCAGAUUCCUUUCCCUGCAGGCGUGCUGCCGCUCAUCACCAACCCCCAAC